UGUGACCCACACGAAAGAGAUGGUGUUGAUUGGACUUGUCUUCAUUGGGCUGCAGAAGGUAAUCAUGUUGAUGUGAUGAGAUAUCUCAUUGAUGAGUGUCACUGUGAUCCAAUGGCUGUUAACAGGUGGGGGUGGACACCUCUUCACUUUGCUGCAGAAGGUAAUCAAGUAGAUGUGAUGAGAUAUCUCAUUGAUGAGGGCCACUGUGAUCCAAAGGUUCCUGGUAAUAAUGGAAAUACUGUUCUUCACAGAGUAGCUGAACACGGAUCACUUGAUUUCACGAAGUACUUGAUCAAUCAUCAUCACUGUGAUCCAAUGGCUACUAACAAUGAGGGUGAGACUGUUCUUCACCGUGCUGCUAGACACAUUGAUACUGUAAAGUAUCUCAUUAAUGAGUGUCACUGUGAUCCAAUGGCUACUGACUCUCACAACAGGACAAUUCUUCAUAAAGCAGCUGUUAGGAACUCACCCGAUGUAAUCAAAUAUCUAAUCAAUGAGUGGAACCAUGAUCCAAUGGCUGUUGACAGUGAGGGGCAGACACCUCUUCACUGUGCUGCUGCUGGUUGGGGUUGUUCUGCAGCUGCUGAAUAUUUACUAUCAACUGGUAAAUGUGAUCCAUUGGCUAAAGACAAUAAGGGGAGAACACCAUUUAAACUAGCUAAGGAGAAAGGGGAAACUGAUACCCUUUCUGUCUUGAAGAAGUUUGGUGGUAUAAAAUCAUCUCAUCCAAUUGAUUCUUAUGUUAACGUCCUCCUUGUGGGUAAUCCUGGAGCUGGUAAAAGUACUCUAAGUCAAGUCAUCAACGACAAGGCUACUGGUUCUAUUGUUCUUG